AUGGCUACUCAGCAGCACGCCCAGCAGCAGCAGCAGCCACAACAACAACAACAACCGCUACCGCUACCGCAGCAGACACAGACGCAGUCGCAGUCCAAUGCGGUGCCUGGUGCCGUCAGAGCGAGCUCGUACACGGCGCUGCCUCCACCAGCUGCUUACACGCCGCUACGCCAUGCCAGUAAUCGCAAGACCAUCUACGACCGCAACCUCAACCGCGCUCGCACCUCCGAGCUGAGCCUGGCAUCUUUUGCCCACCUCUUCAACACUCUGAUUGCAUACCACCAAGCUCGCGCCCCCUCAGUGUCUGAUCUUGAGGCCAGGCUGGCUCAAUCUGCAUACCCUAUCGGUGUCAAGCUGCUCGACCUGCUUCUCUUCCGCAUGCCACCACGUACAGCCUCUCGGCCGACCCGCUUGCUCGAUCUUCUACAGUUCAUACACACGACCUUGUGGCGUUCCUUGUUUGGCCGUCCUGCCGACGCUCUCGAGGCCAGCACUGGCAACAACAAUGACUACAUGAUUGUGGACAAUGAUCCCCUUGUCAAUACAUACAUCAGCAUUCCCAAGGAGAUGAGCCAGCUCAACUGCGCCGCCUUUGUCGGUGGCAUCAUCGAGGGUGUGUGCGAUGCUGCUGGUUUCUCGACAGACGGAGUUACAGCACAUUGGGCGGAAAACGACGAGCUUUGGCCCUCAAAGACCAUUUUCCUCAUCAAGUUCAAGCCUGAAGUCGUCGAAAGAGAAGAAGCACUCAAGGCUGGAGGUGGUUGA